AUGGCAUUCGCGACGGACGACUCAUCGAAGCGCGACCAACGAUACGACUCCCUACGCAACACCGACGACCACUCCGAUUCGAGUACAGAGAUCGGCGAUUGGGAGGUAGAAGAAGCAGUCCAGCGAAGACGGCGGAAGAAGACAGUACGGAGGAAGCUGAAAGGCUACAGAUGGGUACUAGACACUGCGCUUCUCCUCGUUAUCGUAGGAUUGCUGGUAGAGAAGAGAUGGCAAACACAUGCAAAAAGCCACCAGUUUGAGCUCGCAGGGGAUCUUACAGGCUUCGCCCCCAGGUUCUCACAACAGAUUGUGAGCUUUAAGCCCGAUCCAGUUUUCGCUCCGGAAGAUGCGAUGCAGUUUUGGAGCAAUGAGACGCAGCAUGCAUGGUUAAACAUCGUACCAGAGGGCCUGGGCUAUGUCAAUGUCGAAACUCCCUCGGAGUACUCCAACCUCCCCACCCCGAUACACGACUACCCAAAUCAUACCGUCUUCACCACAUCCGUAACGCAUCAGCUUCACUGUCUUUACACCAUACUGGGCGCGUACAAUUCCAUGAAACUUAUGGUCGCCUCGCCAGUGUCGGCGAAUCCUGUCAAAAUGCCAUGGCACAUCAAUCACUGCUUUGAAUACAUCAGACAGGCAAUAAUGUGCGCGGGAGAUGUGGCACUGGAAGGAGCUGCGACAAGUUUCCCAGGCGAUGAACACGGUGAGGAUCGAGGUGGAAGCGAUGGGUGGGAUGCGAAGCAUGUGUGCAAAGACUACGGGCAAAUAUACGAGUACUUGGAGAAGAAAACGAUCAAUCACAUGAAGUGGAUCUCGUCGGAUAAGUAA